ACACUGAGAAAGAAGAAUGCAGACAGUGUGGCCGACCUGGGAGAGCAGAUUGACAAUCUGCAAAGAGUCAAACAGAAGCUGGAGAAAGAGAAAUGCGAAUUCAGACUGGAGCUGGAUGAUGUGGUGUCCAACAUGGAGCAGAUUGUCAAAGUUAAAGCCAACCUGGAGAAAAUGUGCCGCACUUUGGAGGAUCAAAUGACUGAAUACAAGACGAAAUCGGAGGAAGGCCAGCGUACCAUCAAUGACUUUGCAAUGCAAAAAGCAAAGCUUCAAACUGAAAAUGGUGAGAUUAGCAGACAGCUGGAGGAGAAGGACUCCUUGGUCUCCCAGCUGACCAGAGGGAAGCAGUCUUACACUCAGCAGAUUGAAGACCUCAAGAGACAACUAGAGGAGGAAGUCAAGGCCAAGAAUGCACUUGCCCAUGCAGUGCAGUCUUCUCGCCAUGACUGUGACCUGUUGAGGGAGCAGUAUGAGGAGGAGCAGGAGGCCAAAGCUGAGCUGCAACGCUGCAUGUCCAAGGCAAACUCUGAGGUGGCUCAGUGGAGAACCAAGUACGAAACUGAUGCCAUCCAGAGAACGGAGGAGCUGGAAGAAGCAAAGAAAAAAUUAGCUCAACGCUUACAGGAUGCAGAAGAAGCUGUUGAAGCUGCUAACGCUAAAUGUUCCUCCCUGGAGAAGACCAAACACAGACUUCAGGGUGAGAUUGAGGAUCUCAUGGUGGAUGUGGAGAGAUCAAAU